AUAAGCGUAGAAGUAUAAAGGGUGAAUGUUUUUCGAUAAAUAGAGUCUCUAAAUUCACUUUCACUUUUAAAUUUAGUCCGCGAGGCUCACAACAAUAGAGCCAGCCGGAGCUAUUCAUGCUCAAAAGUUCCUGUUUGACGCGUGGAGGCUGAGCUUUGAUGCUAGAACAGCAGGGAAAGGACGCGCUUCAUAAUGAGCGCCAUUAUCUGCCCUCCGUUUUCAUAAUUUACUGUUUUCAUUUGUCCGCACACACACACACACACACACACACACACACACUCACACACUCACACACACACACUCCCUCACACACACAGGCAAACGGACCCUCCUUCAUGUUUUGUCAGGAAUGUUCAUGUGUGUGUUGUAUUGAUAACGCGGGUGUGUGACUUGCGAGUGGACCGAUAUGGAGUAAACCAGCGCCGGGAAUGGAAACACGGUGAGGAGAGGAGAUUGUCAUGGCGGACCCAGAGGUGUCAACACAGAGCGGGGGCUAUGAUGUGGAGCUGUUUGUGGACACUCCAGACUACGAUCUGAUCUGCACCAUAUGCCAGGGGGUCCUCAGGUGUCCAGUAAGAGCCGCAUGCCACCACAUCUUCUGUAAGAAAUGCAUCUUACAGUGGCUGAAGAGGCAGGAGACCUGUCCUUGCUGCAGGAAGCCUGUUAACCCGAGCUUGAUCUUUGUCAUGUUCAAGCUGAGCAAAUCUAUUGGACGCAUGAAGAUCAAGUGCAAGAAUGAGAUCCGUGGUUGUGCAGAGACCUUCUCCCUCUCGGAGCAGUACUGCCACAGCAUGAGCUGCCUCUACGAGCUCAUCCCCUGUCCAUACCAGGGCUGCCGGGCGCAGCUCCUCCGCAGGGACCUGGACACCCACGCACGCCACUGCGAACACUGGCGUCAGCCCUGCCACAUGGGCUGCGGGACGAUCCUCUCCCACCGCACCCAGGCUCAACACAACUGCUACAAGCAGCUGAGGCAGGAGUAUGAAGUCAGACAGAGGAACCACAGGGCCAUCGCCACCGCCCUGCAGAGGAAGAUGAGGAGGAUGCAGAGCACCAUGGCCCACAUGAAGAGGCAGAUAGGGCUGAUCUGCGAGAGCCUGGAGGUGAUGGACGACCUGCACGAGGUAGAGGAGGAGGACCUCGGAGAGAGCAGUGGCAGCUCUGGUGGGACUCCAAGUAGCAACAACAGCAACUGCUGAGGGACGAGUUAGUUAGUACUGCUGCUGGUUGGCUACUGCUGUGUAUAAUAUCUGCAUGUGUUCAUCACUUUGAAGGUGUGUGUUUUUAGAAUAUGGUACAUGAUUAAAAAGAGUGAAUUUGUAACAAUUUUUGUGCUGUAUUUUCAUCUAUUUUGUAAAUAAAUUA